CAGGUGGCGCGGUAGUGGGCCGGGCCGGGGGCAGGACUUCGGAGGACUCCGGGGGUUGGAGAGGCGGGGCGGCGGAGGAGGGAUUCGGCCCGGAAGAGUCCCGUCGAGGAAGGGGACUGGGAACUCCAGCCGGUUCUGCUCGCGGAGGAAGCUCAGCAGCCGGACUCUACCUGCGCUCCUCUGAGCGGUCAGAACGCGUCUCUCGCCGCUAUGGCCGCCGUCGCGGGCUUCCGGGCCUUCGGGUCAAAGGUACCCAUCUGGCUCCGGCGAGGCCUGUGUGCUCCGCUCGCCGCAGGCUUCUGCAGCAAGGGACUGCCCGGGGCCGGUCAGUCGGAUCCUGGGCAGCGACCCACCAGCGUGCAGCAGCGAGACGGCAUCAGGAACAUUGUCUUGAGCAAUCCAAAGAGGAGAAACGCGCUGUCACUGGCAAUGCUGAAAUCGCUCCGAAGCGACAUUCUUCAUGAAGCUGAAAGCAAAGAUCUGAAAGUCAUUAUCAUUUCAGGUGAGGGGCCUGUAUUUUCUUCGGGGCAUGAUUUAAAGGAGUUGACGGAUGAACAAGGUCCAGAAUAUCACGCUGAAGUAUUUCAGACCUGUUCUGAGGUCAUGAUGCUGAUCCAGAAUCACCCCGUCCCCGUGAUUGCCAUGGUGAAUGGCUUGGCCACUGCUGCUGGGUGUCAGCUGGUUGCCAGCUGUGACAUUGCUGUAGCCAGUGACAAAUCCUCAUUUGCCACUCCUGGUGUGAACAUCGGGCUCUUCUGCUCCACCCCUGGCGUGGCCUUGGCAAGAGCAAUGCCAAGAAAGGUCGCCUUAGAAAUGCUUUUUACUGGGGACCCCAUUUCUGCUCAGGAGGCCUUGCUCCAUGGGCUGCUCAGCAGAGUGGUGCCGGAAGAGCAGCUGGAAGAAGAAACCAUGAGAAUUGCAAGAAAGAUUGCCUCCUUGAGCCGUCCUGUGGUGUCUCUGGGCAAGGCCACCUUCUACAAGCAACUGCACCAGGACCUUAGAACAGCCUACCACCUCGCCUCCCAGACCAUGGUGGACAGCGUGGCCCUGCAGGAUGGGCAGGAGGGAAUCAAGGCCUUCAUCCAGAAGAGAAAGCCCGUCUGGUCACAGUGAGCUGGCCACAUUAGAGGACCGAGGGCAAGUGAGCCCCAUAAGCAGCACUCAGGACACCCCCUCCGCAUCUGAUCCCCAACCACUGUGGCCUUGUGACAGUAACGGAAGACAGACAGACUGCUUCUGUAACAUCCGUAAUGGUUUCACUGCAUAUUGUCUCUAUGAUUCCAUGGGGAGAGGAUGAAGCAGAGUCAAAGGAAGUGCUAAUUUAAAGGUAGUGGGCACCUGUGAUGGGCCAGCUACAUAGAAAGCCUGGAAUUUGAUUCAGUUCUUCAAGGGACCUUAAGUGAGGGAUCACCCUGACAUGGGAGAAGGUGACGAUAAAAUGAGGUGUGAAAAAAGGAUGUCAACACGCCUCUGUUAUCAGAAAUGUCCCCUAAAGUGGAGGUACUCCUGGUUGCCCUAGGCACGUGGACCAUUUCAGAUCUCCCUGAGGUAUUCUAUACACUGAACAUCUUCUUGGUUCUAUUGAAAAGUAAUCAUGCCAUUGGCUUUGGAAUAAUCUUAUGUGAGCUUAAAAGGUUAACUAUUUAGAGAGACUGGUAAUUUUAUCUUCCUAACCAGACUGUAAGCUAUCUGAGGGGAAAAAAUCAACUAAUUCUUAUUUUUGUAUGCCCAUACUAUGGACGUACAAUAGGUGCCUGAUGUUUCUGUAGUGAAUAUCCUAGCCAUCGGGGCUACUGUGAUACUGGGACCCUGGGCUAAUCCUGAGAAUAAAAACAUCAAGAGAAGUGGGAAGGAUGCAGAACAUACAUCUGACCCACUAAAAGUCACCUGCUCCAGACACACUUCCAAGCUCUGCUCAGCUUCUAGUGAGAAUCCACAGCAGCAUCAGGAAUAGAGUCCCCCAGCUGAGCAAGAGCUUGGAUUAGGACCUAAAUAUAUUCCUUUCUGGCUUCUGGUUCAUUAUGGCCCAUGAGAUGUUCUAAUUUCUUGUCCUCAAGCUUGUCCAAUUUAUCUUAGCUAAGAGUAGAAUGUGGCCCUGAACGUGGUUAGUACUUCAGCCAAGACGAGAAUGGUGUGGCUCUAACCAGUGGUUCUCACUCAGGGCAGGCAUUUCUUGGUAUGGACGUCCCCUCGUGUUUUCACGGCUUCCACAAAGAUUGGCAUUCUUUUUUCUUUGCCAGUUUAGAAAGGUAAAAACUUAUGUUUUCUUGGAAAGGAAGAGUUUGUUCUAAGAGUGCCCCUCCUGAGCAGGAAGAUCAUUAGAGCUACCACCUGCCAGACACCUGGCACAUGCUACACUCUCCUACAGUCCUCACCACCACCCAGUGGAGCAGGACCCACAACAACCUCCGCCUCACACUUGAGUAGUUAGUUGAGGCCCGCUGUGUCCCAGCUGACACUGGACAGAGUGAAGGUCCCAAACUCAACCUGCCUCAUACAGCAUGGGUACGCUUUCUCCUGGCCAUGCUGCCUCUCGGGGAGGCUGGCCCCAAGGAAUGACUUUGCUGCCCCAGGCCAGCCCUCCAACUGAAACAACAGACCAGGUCCUCCUUGCUCCAGAACUGGGCCAGUGCUCGAAGGACUUCAGAUUCCAAUUCUUGGCAGACCACUAAUGGAGUUUUUACUCCAAAGCUAAUAACAAGCUGGCUGCAACUCUAAACUACGUCACGAAGGAUGGAACUGUCAUGGUUGGCUCCAAACAGUGCUGUCAGUGGGGCCCCCCGUGCCCUCUCUCCAGGUGACUGGUCUUGGCAGUCACCGUUUGGCAGUCACCACGUCAUACAGUGUAGAGAAGGUGUUAUAAACUCUCUGGGCUUUCGAGGUAGUAACAAAGCUUUCUCACACAUUUGGCAAAUGAAAAGCAAAAGUUAACUCUCCCCUGUCUGUGUGAGCUACACAAUACCCUCAAACCAUGCAAUCCUGGGGCCUGCAACCCACUCUCUGAUGUCAUAUGAUUCAUCCUAAGGCUAAUAUAAAUUUGGGGUUAAUUUGUAUCUGCUUCCUUCCACUGGGACAUAGAGAAAAUGUUCUCAUAACCAUGUGAUGACUGCCUUCAGAAAGUCUAGUAGAUCUGUCUUUCCCUGCACUAUUUUACUUCUCAGGGAGCUGUGCUGAGCUCAGCCCAGCAGUGCAGGGGCUAGAAAGUCAGUGCAAUGGGUGUUCACUCCUGCUCACCCGGGAAAGGCACCAUUGUGAAGGCUGGCUUGAGCCCUGGAGAAUAUAAACAAAAGGAGUGAACGACUGAUUAACUUUACACCAGAGAACUUGGUGAUCUAAUGAGCCUGAGCUCCUGUCAGUCAGCUUUAUGCCGUCUCUCUUCCUGUCCCCCUGCUAUUCAGGAAGUUCAGAGAAGUUAAAGCAUUUGCCAGGGUGGAGCCAGCAUGUGGGCUUGGACAGGUAUUGUUCUGAAGCCUGUGCUCCUGCCUGCCACACUGUAUUCCUCCCAGUUUAGUGAGAUUACUGUUCCAGCCUGGAGAGGAAGGCUACCAGUGUGCUCAAUGGAAGCCAGUCAGAAAUGGCACAGCCAAGGCAACACAGGUUUUCUUACCAAAGAGGAUUCGGGAAAAGCACAAAUUUGAACACAAAGAGCACUGAGUCCCAGGUUUGCCAUCAGCGAGGUGUGUAGGAGAUGUAGUAGGUGAUGUAGCCUCUUUCAGCCCUCAGUUUCCCAGUCAUAAAAAUGACACCACUGGAUACUUUUCCUCUCAGUUUUGACAUUCUGGGUUCUAUAAUAUUGGGUUUGGAAACUCACUGUGAACUUGAAACAAGAAGCUUUUGUUCAAAGAAAAUGCUCUUUGGUGAAUGGAGAACACAGGCAUGUUUUUUUUGCAUUGAAAACACCUGAUUUGAAAACAAGAAAUCCAUCACAGAGGUUUUCAGGACACGCCAGCACCCUGAUGUCAUGGCUAGGAAAACCCUACACCAGGCAGAUCUCUGUCCAGUCUGGCAGCUACCCUUACUUUUGUCUAGGUGCUUAACUCAGCCAGCCCGCCCUCCUCUGAAAACCCACUGCACUAAAAGCAGCAUUUCCACGUGUGGCUUGUGGGUGAUCUGGACUGGCCAAGCAUGGAUUCCUGAGCUCCUC